AUGACUGUUACCCCCGCGCCCGCCCAACCGCCGUUACGACCGAAGCCGCGCCGUCUCUUGAAGGCCCAAACGACCGACAGACGAGAUUCAGGAUACGUCACCCAGUCCCCGUCGCCCGACGGCAAGUCACUCGAGACUACACAGAAUACCUGCCUCGGCGCCACCGUCGAUGGCAAGGCCCGACCCGUUCCGUCAGCCCUCACGCGUCUCGCUGACCUCGCCGAAUUUGACAAGAGUGUUGGCGACGCCACGCGCUCCCACUUCAACCACAUGCACUCGCGGCUUGAAGAGCCGCUGCUGGCGUAUAUUCGCAACAAAAUUCCAGGCAAGAAAUACCGCCCGAUUGCCUUAAGACUGAUGGUCCUGGGACGCUCCGAAGAUGAUGCGAAGCCGUGCAUUGUCGUCCUGUGUCCAGAGCAGCAGUCGAAGAGGGUCAGGAAGUUUUUUGACAAGGAUUCCGUCAGGACCUUGUGUCGGCCUGAAGACGGUACUCUACCCUCGUUCGAAGUCUUCGUCCUCGGUCGGCCGCUGGAGACGAAGCAGGCAGACGAAGACAUCAACGUCCUCAUUCCCAUCAUUGGGGAGAGCGAGGGUUAUACAACCGAGACGUACUGCGGAGCCCCUAUCGUCAUCCGGCAGCCUUCCGGCGUCGAAAAAAGGGGCACCUUCGGCGGCGUCGUAAAGACUGUUUGGUCGAAUGGAGAUGUCAAAUUAUACGGGCUAACCGUUGGCCAUCUCCUCCUGGGCGACUUGGAAGAUGACCUGACGCUUGGCACGGAGAGCGACGGGGCCGAGCGCUCGGACGACUGGGGAUUCGAGCUUUCAGACUCUGAAAGUGAGGCCGAGUCCGAUGAUUCGGCUGAAGAAGAGCCGGAUGAUGAGACUCAACCAUUGCGUGUGAUGGAUGAACUCCAGUUGCCUUCGGCAGACGCAAGUGCAUCCUGGACGGUCCUCGAGUUGGGCAAGAUAGGUUCCAUUUCGAAGGACUCACCGCAAAAUCAAUCGGCAACGACCGGCGCAAACGGUGAGCCAAAGGCUUACUACGACUGGGCUCUUAUCGAUAUGGUCAGCUACAAGCCGAACCGCAUUCGACCGAGGAACUUGCCACACGGCGAGGUUCAGAAGGACGGAGCCUUCAAGUCCGGGGAUCUCGUGAUACCCGCCUCGCCGUCUAGCAGUAGACAGUCAGUCGUCCUUGUAAGCGGAUCAGCAGGGCUGAAGCGAGGAUCUCUGUCGGCUCUGCCUUCGAGACUCCUUCUAGGCCCUGGAAGAGAGUUUGUUGACGCACUGGUCCUAAACCUUGAUAGCGAUAAGCAAAUUCUCGAUGGCGACUCAGGGUCAUGGGUGGUCAACGAGAGAACCCUUGAGGUUUAUGGCUACAUCGUUGCUGCCGAUGCCUUUGGUGGAGGCUACAUUAUUCCACUCGUUGAAGCAUUCCGGAAUAUCAAAAACACCCUGGGAUGUCAAUCUGUCGAUCUGGCUACCACAAUCGAUAUGGCGAGUGCCAAACUUGAGCGUAUGCCCGACAUGAAUGGCGAACCAGCAGCCACGAUGGCCCCCAUCCUUGCGGAGCAUUCUGUGCUGCGUGGUCCACCCAUCGUCUUCCCAGAAGCAUUUUCAGUCUCGCCUUUCGCGUCGCUGAUGUCGGGUCGCGCCAGUCCCUUCUCCCCCACGACCUCUGCCACUGCGACAAAGAAUGCAAUGGCGGCCUCGACCUUCGGAACCUUCCAGUCAAUGGACAAGAUCUCUCCUCCCAUGAACGCUAUGUCAGGGGGCGGCAACGAUCUCAACCGCGCCAUUGCUCAAGAGUUUCGAGAACUCAAGGAUGAUCACUUUGAGAACUCAUGUGAAUGGUGUCCGUUCUACCUUCAUGAGCCCAUUAAAUACUAUCCUACGCCAUGGACUUCAUGUACCAAGCAGCGAGCAGAGAUAUCGCACAUCAUCACCCACACAGUCAGUGACCACGGCCUGAUUCGAGGUAACAACUCGAAGCGAAGAAAUCAGCGAUACAUUACCGGGUGCAGUAGUCACAAGGCUGAAAAGAAAGGGAAAUCGGAUUGUGUCAACUGCUCCCAGGUCGAAGAAUGGACGGAGGGGGAACUCAACGACGAGACACACGCCGGACCCUCCCUCUACCUCCGCUGCUACACUCAGCUACCAACGAAGAAGGAUCUCUUUUUCCACCUCCAGUCACCGAGCAUAUGUCUAUACCAAGAAGACCUUCCGAUGCGGGGAAAGUCAAGAAUUCUGUAUAGCGUGUUCUGUUCAUUGUCCGAAGUUCCCAAGUUCCGUCCUCCACCCGAGACAUCUGCGCCAUCCCGCGGCGCGAGAUCUCGGACACAGAGCGUUUCUAGCGAUAGGCCUUCAACAAUGGCCCACAGCCCGAUGUCGGGCCCUUUAACAGUGUCGCCUGAGGCGGCCUUCGUUGCCGCCUCUGCUGCUUCCCAAAUCGUCACGAACGACCACGACACCCACGCCGAGACCUGGUACGACCAGCAUGGCAUUGAGCCCGCUAGAGAAACUGCCCUAGUGUCUUCAGAAGCCCUAAAACUUGUCAACGACUUCCUCGACCAACUUCUCUUCAACUUCCUCUCCGUUGCCCGAGCCACCACCCUCUCCGCCUUGCGACCAGCUGUUGCCGAAGUUCUGAAGCGAAAACUUGCCAAGGAUGCCGUCAAUAAUUCCGACGAGGAACUGCGCGAAUACCUUGGAGAGGGUUAUGAGGAGGACUAUUUUCAACCCCAAGGCGCUGAUCCAUCUCGAGAUUGGGAUCUUGAGCUGGUUUGGAAGCGCACAAGACUACGAUGCAUGGUCUAUUCCUCGCUGGGAGACAUGGAGGAGGAAGACGAAGAUCUGUAUAUGGAACAAGAGAACCUCGAGGUUGGCGCCGACGAGCAGAUUUCAGCUGUUAUUUCCCCUGCAGUGGCCAUCUUUUUGACAUCUGUUUUGGAAUACAUGGGCGAGCUCACCCUUACUGUCGCCGGACAGGCUGCAUACCACAGGCUGCGAACCAAGUUCCAGAAGGAGAUUAACGAAGGCGCCAAGAGCCCCACAGACAUUGCUGAUCGAAUCGUCGUCGAAGACCAGGACAUGGAGAGAGUUGCUCUCGAUAGAACUCUUGGACGACUAUGGAGAGGCUGGAAGAAGAGAAUUCGCUCCCCAACUUUCGACAUGAGUGGUCGGCCCUACUCAAGGUCAUCCAUGGGUCAUCUGAGGCACGAUAGCAACGUUACCGAGAUGAGCCGAGUUCCCUCACACGGUGACGGAGACAACGAUGCCAAGAAGGAUGGGAAAGAAACUGAUGAUACGGAGCGUGCCCCCGCAGGGAUCGCUUUGCCAAUGGGCGACAAUGACGUUUAUGAGAUCGAAGUUCCUGGCCUCGCAGCAUACAGCGAUGACGAGGAUGAAGAUGAAGAGGAAGAGGACACUUUCAACGGACGCCGACCAAAGAGCUUGUUGAUUCUUCCAUUCGAGGGUCCUUCUGGCCUCCCAACCCCUGUCAUGUCCCAGCCAAACACGCCCGACUUCGCCGGCCGGAAGAGAUCCAACUCCCUUCCUACCUCUGGGACCUCGCCAUAUCGCCCAGUCACAAAACGAUCCAAAGAGGCAGCAUUGGUGGAGGCCCGUGUAGCCAACGAAGAACAAGACACGAAGGAAGUUGCAAAGGAGGAACAGGCAGUCGACGAGACAAAGCCUGCUGAGGAAACAAAGCCUGUAGAUGAGCCGUCAUCGAAAGGUUCGACCUCAAAGCGACUGUCGAAGGUUGUCACAAACCCGUCGGCCGCUGCAGCCUUCCGCAAUCGAUCCCGGCGAGGAACCGGCGAAGAGGAAGAGGGAAAAGUGGCCUAUGAGAAGGCCGAAAUUCUUACCUCAUCCAGAAUAUCAGUUUCUGGCAGCGCAUCACCUGCGUUCUCUGAUUCUAGAGGCCCGUUCUCCUUGAAGAGAUCCAAUAGCGUUCAUUCCGCCCGCAUCGUUGAUGUCACAGGGCCUAAGAGUCCCAGCGGAUCUCGCUCACCGUCCGUGGAUACCACUGAUCGAGUUCGCCCCGCGAGCGUCAACCUUUCUGCUCAAAGCAGCGUCUACUCCACCAAGUCCACUCUCCCGACAUCCCACACCCACAGCAUCGGAAUGGUUUCAAUCGAACGGUCUAAGACGAGAGACGAUGUCGAUGACGCUGGAGUGAGCUCAUUCGCUCCUCGGCCUAUCCAUACCUCCGGAUCGUCUGCUUCGUCAGGAACGUCCCGCUUGAAGGCGGUUCGGACUUCGGAGGAGAACGCCUCACGCUCUGAGAAUGUUGCCCGCAACUUUAAGGAGCUGAUACAGAGCAACCAAACUAUUACUUACACGCUUACACCCGAGAAUAUACGUGAUAUUGACCAUAAACGAUCUCUGGGUCAGACUCCCGUUGUUACGAAAGGUUCUUGGAAGACCGAUGACGCUCGGAGCCACAACCGGUCUCGAUCCUCAUCAGCCGCUACUGAAGUCAAGACGCACCACCGUGCAACCGGUCUGGGCGACGACAAACCUAAGGUUGGCGUUCAAUCUCCGACCAUGGCCUCUGUGAAGCCCGCUCGCGGCCCUUUAGCUGCCCGAGAGGCGCGAGUUCCCAGUGAACCCACCGCAGAUUUUGCCGAGUUCAUCAAGUCGACUGGGCCCUCAGGAGCAGCACAAACUCGACCUGCGCCUCUACGGAGCAACCCACCUGAGACCACGCCUUCCGCGACCAACCCAGCCGUUGAAGCUCGCCGCGUGUCUUCCACUAGCAAUCGGAAUCGCUACAUGCCUCGAGCAAUGACUGAGGGUAGGUCAGGCAACUCGGAUUUGAUUGAUUUCAUCCGGCAAGGUCCUCCUGGUGCCUCCAACAACCGUAUCCAGCGCACUGUUGCUCCCUUCCGAGACACCCUCGACUCGGAUGAAAUGCCGGGUGCUGUUGGCGGGAAAGCUGUGGAUGCUACCAUCCCAGACAUCCGAUAUAGCCAAGCUUCCACGCAUGCAACCGAUACGUCAAUGCCCUCGAUUCACUCCUCAGUCAACUCCCAUAUUGCUCUUCUGAAGCACAAGGGUGGGUCUGCGCCCGCCAGCAGGAUGUUUGACGACGAGGACAUGAUGCCCAAGGGCAAGACUAGGCGUGUGAAAGAUCCUUACGCAAUCGACUUCAGUGAUGAAGACGACGACGAUGACUUCAUUACGACUCCCAAGCCCCCAGUUAAGAAGGAGGAGAGCCUAGCGGAAUUCUUGAGAAACUACGAACCGCCACCAGAGCCUGUCAGUCAGCCGAUCGCGCACAAGAUGCCCAAGAAGAAGGCGAGCGCACCCAGCCUUAUCGGCAGGUUCAUACGCAGUAGCAGCAACGCCAACCCUGGCAGCGUGCCCCAAUCACCCGUCGUGGACUCGCGAUCCCUCAGCAGCAGAAGCGGGGGCAAGGGCUACAUCCCCAUCCAGGUCAAUAUCCCCCCUGGCUACGACAAGUAUGGGCCUAUUGACAAGCCUGCCGCUCGGCCUCCGAUGCCUCCAUCAGGUGGCUCCAUGGGUCGUGUCCGAUGA